UUCUCUCAUUACAGCUUCGAAUCGUAAACAAAUUUGUAAACGCUUUUCUCAUGUAUACAUUUGUCUCAUAAUAAUAAUAUUAUGAUUCUUGAUUCUUAACUAUAGCGAGUAGGAGAUAUUUCAACUGUGGAUGAUAUUGGGAACGGCAAUCCGUUACAAUCAAUUUUUUGCCUUUGAAGUCAAGUAUGAAUUGAGUACAUGAAAUUGACUAUACAAUAUUGAGUAGCACAAAUAAUCUUGAAAAUGCAUAUAAAACAAAUUAUUAUUCAUGGAUUCAAAAGCUACAGGGAUCAAACUGUCGUAGAACCUUUCGAUAAAAGACAUAAUGUAGUUGUAGGUAGGAAUGGAUCAGGAAAAAGUAACUUCUUCUAUGCCAUUCAGUUUGUUUUGAGUGAUGAAUUUUCACAUCUGAGACCUGAACAGAGACAAGCUCUGUUACAUGAAGGCACAGGAGCUAGAGUUAUGGCAGCAUAUGUAGAAAUCAUUUUUGAUAAUAGCGAUGCACGAGUACCAAUAGAACAUGAAGAAAUUUAUUUGAGAAGAGUUAUUGGAUUCAAGAAAGACCAAUAUUUUUUAAAUAAAAAAAUUGUACCUAGAACGGAAGUGAUGAAUCUUUUAGAAUCUGCUGGUUUUUCAAAUUCUAAUCCCUAUUACAUCGUGAAACAAGGUAAAAUUAAUCAGAUGGCCACGGCACCAGAUGCUCAUCGUUUGAAAUUACUAAGAGAAGUUGCUGGAACAAGGGUUUACGAUGAAAGACAUGAUCAAUCUAUAACAAUUUUAAGAGAAACAGAAGUGAAACUAGAAAAAAUUGAGGAAUUUCUAAGAACAAUUGAAGAAAGACUACAAACAUUGGAAGAGGAAAAAGAAGAACUCCGUCAAUAUCAAAUACAUGAUAAGAACAGAAGAGCACUUGAAUUCAUUAUACAUGAAGUGGAAUUGAACGAAAAUAAAAAAAAAUUAGAAGAAUUGAAGAGACAACGGAAUGAAUCAGGCACUGAACAAGAAAAAUUAGCUGCUAAUUUGAAAAAAGCGCAAGAUAACAUUAAAAGUUUGAGUAAAAAAAUUAAAGAAUCAAAAAAGGAACUCAUUUCUGUUAAAGAGGAACGUGAUAUAUUGAAUAAUGAUCAGCAGCAUCUGAUAAAGGAAAAAGCGAAGCUUGAUUUGACCAUUAAGGAUUUAUCAGAGGAAGUGUUAGGAGAUAAUAAAUCUAAGGAAAGAGCUGAAAACGAAUUAGCCAGAUUAACCCAAAGUAUCAAGGAAAAGGAGGCUGAAUUAGAGAAGAUUAAACCGCAAUAUGAAUCAAUGAAGAAAAAAGAAGAAGAAUGCAGCAGAGAAUUAGUAUUGAAAGAACAAAAACGUAAGGAACUUUACGCUAAACAGGGUAGGGGAAGUCAGUUCACUUCUAAGGAUGAUCGUGAUCGAUGGAUACAAAACGAAUUGAAAUCGCUCAACAAACAACUCAAGGACAAGAAAGACCACCGCGAUAAACUGGAAGCUGAUUUGAAGAGAGAUGCUUCAAAAACAAUUGAACUCACGAAAAAAAUUGAGGAACAGUCACAGGAAAUGGAAAGACAAAAAAAUUGCAUUGAUGAACAUAAUAAGCAGUGCUAUGAACUGAAAAAAAAUAAGGAUACUUUUCAAACCACGAGAAACGAGUUGUGGAGAAAAGAAAAUAAUGUUCAACAGAAUUUAUCCUCAUUGAAAGAAGAUUUAGCUAAGGCCGAUCAACAACUCAGAUCCAUGGCAGGAAAACCAAUUCUCAAUGGAAGGGACAGUGUAAGAAAAGUGUUGGAUACAUUCUUGAAAAGUGGUGGAAAAGAUGCUGAAAUAGUUCGUUCUUAUUUUGGACAGGUUAUUGAAAAUUUUGACUGUGAGAAGAGCAUUUACACAGCAGUUGAAAUGACAGCUGGUAACCGUCUUUUCCAUCAUGUUGUAGAAAGCGACAGAAUUGGUACUUUGAUACUAAAGGAAAUGAAUAGACAAAAACUCCCUGGUGAAGUCAAUUUCAUGCCCCUCAAUAGAUUAAGCGUCAGAAAUAUAGACUACCCUAAUGAUUCUGAUGCUAUACCGAUGGUUUCAAAACUGCAUUAUGAACCCAAGUAUGACAAAGCAAUGAGAUAUCUCUUUGGGAAAACAUUAAUCUGCAGAAAUCUUGAAGUGGCCACUAAAUUGUCUAGAAAUUCGGGAUUAGAUUGUGUUACCUUAGAUGGAGAUCAGGUGUCUUCUAAGGGUGUGUUGACAGGGGGUUAUUGUAACACUUCUAGGUCUAGAUUGGAAAUGCAAAAAAACAGAAGUGAAACUAUACAGCAAAUCAAACAAUGUGAAGAGGAGUUGAAAACUCUUCGAGAAGAAUUGAGCAAAACUGAAACAUCAAUCAAUAGUAUAGUUUCUGAAAUGCAAAAAACUGAAACCAAAAACAGUAAAGCAAAAGGUAUUUUCGAUAAAGUUAAGGGAGAAUUGAGAUUGAUGAGAGAAGAACUUUCAAAUAUUGAAAGAUUCAGGGGACCUAAAGAAAGAUCAUUAGCUCAAUGUAAAUCCAACCUUGAAGCUAUGCAGUCUACUAAAGAAGGUCUAGAAUCAGAAUUGCAUCAAGAACUGUUAUCCCAGUUGUCUGUCGCCGAUCAAGCUGAGGUUGAUUCAUUGAAUGAUGACAUUCAAAGAUUACAAAAAGAGAACAAAGAAGCUUUCAGUAUGAGAAUGAAACUUGAAGCGGAAAAAAAUAAAUUAGAAAACUUGUUAACGAAUAAUCUUAUUCGGAGACGUGAUGAAGUUCUUCACGCCUUACAAGAAAUCUCUCUUGAGGACCGUAAAAGACAGUUGGUAAAUGCUAAAAGCGAACUUGAAGAAAUUGAUAAGAAAAUUGAUAGGGUUAAUAAGGAUUUGAGUUCAAUGGAAACUAAGGUGAAAGACAUGACUAAAAGGCUUAAAAAUGAACAAUCAGAUUUGGACAACUAUAAAAAAAAGGAGAAGGAUGCACAAGAUAGAAUCGACGAAGAUGCAAAACAUCUUGAAAAAUUUGCAACAAAACAAAAUCUUCUGGAACAAAAAAUCGCUGAAUGCGUGGAAAAAAUUAAUUUACUAGGGGCACUGCCAGCUGAAGAUCUUUAUUCUCAUUACAUUAAAAUGUCCUCAAAAUCGCUAUUCAAGGAGUUGGAGAAGACCAAUAAUCAGUUGAAAAAAUUCAGUCAUGUGAAUAAGAAAGCUUUGGAUCAGUUUAUGAGUUUUUCAGAUCAAAAAGAAAAACUACAGAAACGUAAGGAAGAAUUGGAUAGGGGAAAUGAGAAGAUUCAAGAAUUGAUUUCGAUGUUGGAGAUGCGUAAAAUGGAAGCUAUACAAUUCACUUUCAAGCAGGUUUCCAAAUUCUUCACAGAAGUCUUCAAGAAAUUAGUUCCUGCUGGACGGGCAAAAUUGGUUAUGAAAACGGCUGAUAAUGACGAAGGAAAAGCAAUUGGUCCAGAAGAUAGUUCGGACAAUUUCACUGGUAUCGGAAUAAAAGUGUCAUUCACAGAAUCAGACUCUGAAAUGAAAGAAAUGAACCAGCUCUCGGGUGGCCAGAAGUCACUGGUUGCACUCGCUUUGAUAUUUGCUAUUCAGAAAUGUGAUCCUGCUCCUUUCUAUCUGUUUGAUGAGAUUGAUCAAGCUCUUGAUGCACAGCACAGAAAAGCAGUUGCUAAUAUGAUACAUGAAUUGUCUUCAGAGGCCCAGUUCAUUACAACUACUUUCAGACCUGAGCUUCUUGAACAUGCUCAUAAAUUUUAUGGUGUCAAGUUCAGGGGAAAAGUUAGUCAUAUUGAAUGUGUAAGUCGGGAAGUAGCUAGAGAUUUUGUUGAGGAUGACCAGACACACGAAAAUGUUUCUGGUUGGUCUUCUGGAAUCAAACUUCUUCAAAGUCAGUUACAAUUGAAAAAAGCUACUAUAACCCAACCUAAAAGAGAUCAGCAAAGGAAAGUUAGUCUGGCUCCUGUAAUCGAUUUGAAAUCCAAGAAAAAUGAGGAUGAUAUGUUCCACCCAAUGUUAUCCAAGCCGAAGAAAGAAACUAUAUUACCAAUAGGAAAUGUGUUCACAGGAGAAUAUGAUUGGAAUUGUGUUGAUGAAUAUGAUCCCUUAUGGCCGAAUGAAUAUGAGAAGAUAGUAAAGGAACUGAGAGACAAUAGAGACAGGGAUAACGAUAAAGACGAAAAGAGGAGAGAUAGGAAAAGAAAGAGUCGGUUUAAUGACCCACAAGAAGAGGUACCAGUGGUUUCCACUCCUCAAAUGACACAACCACCAUUAGCUAGUGGAUUUGCAGGUCGUUGGGAAGAAGAGGAAGAAAAAGAACCUGUUAAAAAGUCACGUCCAUCUGGUGGUGUGGCAAUAGCUCCACCCCCUAGUUUACAAGAACCUACAGAACCAACACCAAUUUUCCCUAAUAAGCCUAUCAAUAUGGUACCAUUAGGAGGGGGCUCAAUAGCUGCUAAAAUAAUGGCAAAGUAUGGUUUUAAAGAGGGUCAAGGUCUUGGAAAGCAAGAGCAAGGUAUGGUUAGUGCGCUACAGGUGGAAAAAACAUCCAAAAGAGGUGGAAGAAUAAUACAUGAAAAGGAAUUCCUAGCUCAAAUGGAUAGUGAAAAAGAGGGCGAUGGGUUAAAUAUAACUGAUAUGAUGAAGAAUCCCAGCAAGAUUGUUCUUCUGAAAAAUAUGGUUGGUCCUGGUGAAGUAGAUGAUGAUCUAGAACCAGAAGUGAAGGAAGAGUGCAAUGCCAAAUAUGGAGAAGUUGGAAGUGUUGUUAUACAUGAAAUACAGCAUGAAAAUUCAGAAGAAGCAGUGAGAAUAUUUGUUGAGUUUAGGAGAAUUGAAAGUGCCAUCAAAGCAGUUGUUGAUCUUAAUGCAUAUAAUUGUUUAGUAAUGUUGAGUAUUAAUAAAUCUUUCGUUUAUGGAAUAUGUUUUGCUUCUUUUACUUGGGUUUUAUCACUGUAUUUAUAUAUAGAAUUGAAUAAAUCUUUGUCGAAUUCUAAUAACGCAGCUAUUUUACCAACUGAUUCGUUAAAAGAGGAUGUACACUCCAGUGUGAUAGAUUUGAGUGAGUUGGGCAUUAUAAAAUCCAAAGAAGAUAAAAUCAUAAGGGAUGAGGGAUAUAAGGUCCAUGCUUUCAAUACUCUUAUAAGUAAUAGACUUGGGUAUCAUAGAAUAAUUCCAGACACCAGAAAUCAGAAGUGUGAUAAUAUAACUUAUCCCAUAGAAUUACCUAAAGCUUCUGUAAUAAUAUGUUUCUAUAAUGAACACUUUACAACACUUCUCAGAACAGUAUACUCAAUAUUGGACAGAACACCAUCUGAAUACUUGAAAGAAGUUGUUUUAGUAGAUGACUUCAGUGAUAUUGAUAAUUUACAAAAAGAUCUGAAAGAACAUAUCAAUGCCCAUUUUCCAGAUAAGGUGAAAUUAUACAGAACUGAAAGAAGAGAAGGUUUAAUAAGAGCUAGAAUAUAUGGGUCAAGAAGAGCUGAGGGGGAGGUAUUGAUAUUCCUUGAUAGUCACAUUGAAGUUAACAAGAAAUGGAUAGAACCACUCCUUGGAAGGAUAAAAGAAGAUAGGAAAAAUGUUGCACUGCCAGUCAUUGAUGUUAUCAAUGCAGAUACUUUUGCUUAUUCAUCAAGUCCUCUUGUUAGAGGAGGGUUUACUUGGGGCCUGCACUUCAAAUGGGAUAAUUUACCUAAAGGAACCCUUGAAAAAGAAGAAAAUUUUGUAAAACCAAUAAAGAGUCCAACUAUGGCAGGUGGUCUAUUUGCAAUGGAUAAAGAGUAUUUCAGGGAAUUGGGUGAAUAUGACGCCUAUAUGAAUAUAUGGGGAGGUGAAAAUAUCGAAAUAUCCUUUAGGAUAUGGAUGUGUGGAGGACAUAUGGAUAUAUUGCCUUGCAGUCGCAUAGGACAUGUUUUUCGUAAAAGAAGACCAUAUGGAGACCCUAAUGGUCAGGACACCAUGUUGUAUAAUUCUCUGAGGGUAGCUCACGUAUGGAUGGAUGAUUACAAGAAAUUCUUCCUACAAUCGCGUAAAGGUGCAGAAUCGAUGAACUACGGUGAUAUAUCUUCGAGAUUGACACUUAGGAAAGAAAUAAAUUGUACGGAUUUCGAUUGGUACUUGAAAAAUGUAUAUCCUGAAUUGACCUUACCAACUGAUAACAACGAAAGGUUAAAGAAGAAAUGGGCCGCUGUGGAACAAGAGAAAUUCCAACCAUGGUAUUCCAGAAAGAGGAAUUAUGUGGCACAAUACCAAAUUAGAUUAUCUGGCACAGAAUAUUGUAUUCAAAGUGAGAAGGAUUCGCCGAAAAAGGGAGGAAAGCUUAUUCUGCAAUCUUGUUCCCAGAAUAAAAAUCAGAUAUGGUUCGAAACGGACAAACAUGAAAUGGUAUUAUCGAAAUUAUUAUGUUUGCAAUCAGGAAAAGGGAGUCCGAUAUUAUACAAAUGUCAUGAAACUGGUGGGGACCAAGAAUGGAAACAUAGAGGAGAGGAUCGAAUUCCAAUAUUCAAUUUAGCAGCUGGAACUUGUUUGGGUGUUGACCAAGCUAAGAGUGGUGUUCCAAUUCUGAUGAAAAUAUGUGAUGAGGGGGCUUUCAACAAGUGGGAUACUGUUUACUCGAAUAUUGACGUUUGAACUCAUAUUAAUACAUACAUUAAAUUCAAAUAGGUACAUACCUACAAGAAAAGCCUUUGGAAACAAUGGAAUCUCAUAUAUGUAAUCAUAGUAAUCAAUGAGGACAUAUCAAUUCACUUGAAUUGUUUUAUGAUAUUAUUGUUAUAAUUAAUUUUUAAAUAUUUUAUUUGAAAUAUGUAUUAUUUUUUCUAAUUUUUUUGUAUCCAAAUUUUAUAAUAAAUGAAUUGGUUGAAUUUGU